GUGACUUCGUACACUAGUGAGCACUUGAAUAGACUCGCCUGUUUUUCUCCAAUACAUUAUCCAAACCUGAAAAGAUGAUUCGUGACUAUCUGAUGCUGCUGUUGUGGCUGUGCGUGGUACAAGGAAAAAUAGGGUAUUUCUGGCACAUCACCGACAUCCACUAUGACCCAAGAUACUCCACCCAGGCGAACGCAGAGACCGCAUGCUGGAACACGUGGAAUGGCGUGAGCAGCGGCCGGAAGACGCCCGGAGAAUUCGGUGACUAUGGCUGCGACUCACCCUGGGCCCUGGUCGAAUCGGCAGCGAUGGCGAUGACGACUCAUCACGGUGAAGGAAUCAAGUUCGUUCUUUGGACCGGUGACGCGCUGACGCGCUUUACUAACAUGAGCGCCGAGUUGCGUCUGCAGUGUUUGCGGAAUUUGACCGAACUGUUGUCUCGCACGUUUAAGGAACAAUUUGUGUUUCCGGCGCUCGGACACGACGACAUUGGGGUGAGCUUCUCGCAGCACGCCGAGCUCUGGAAGCAAUGGCUGCCGCAGGAGGCUUUGGAUACCUUUAAAAGCGCCGGAUAUUACACGAUAGAGCAACGCUCGGAGAAGUAUCGAAUCAUUUUCCUCAACACGAACUUGUGGCUAAAGACGGACGACAAUCGUACGCUGCAUCGCUCCGGAAGGAGCAUGAUCGACAACACGCAGGACCCUUUCAACCAAUGGUCCUGGUUCCAGACGACCCUCGACACGGCCAGAAGCAAGAAGGAAACGGUUUACAUCGUGGGUCACACACCACCGGGGGUGGACGAUCGUCGGAGCAGUGCAGCGGUGUUGAGCGAGCGUCACAACACCAAAUACCUCCAGCUGAUCCGCCAGUAUUCAGACAUCAUUCGCGGUCAGUUCUUCGGUCACUGGCACUCGGACACUUUUCGCGUGGUUUACAGCGAUACCGGUCUGCCGGUGUCAUGGAUAAUGAUGGCACCCAGUAUAUCACCCAACAGUCUCGGUGGGCCCAGCAAUCCAGGUCUAAGACUGUACAAGUUCGAGACUACCACUGGUCAGGUGCUGGAUUAUACGCAGUACUAUCUUAAUCUGCCGGAUGCGAAUUCAAUCGGCACGGCAAACUGGUUGGUCGAGUACUCUCUGCUUGAGUACUACGACCUUCAGGAAAUUACGGCGAUCACUCUUCACGACCUGGCCGACCGAUUCACGCAAUUCAAUGAUCACGCUUUCGUCAGAUACUACGCGGCGAACACGGUCUCGUUGCCGCGGGAAGUGGAACAAAUUUGGGGCUGCGGAGGACCACUGAACGAGGCCUGCGCCCUUCACCACUACUGCACGGUCACUCGGCUGAACCCCAAGUCCUACAGAGAGUGCUACUCGCUGUACGCCUACGCCCUCGCAUCCACGGGUCCAUCUACACCGCAGCUCUAUUUCUCGCUGCAUCUGCUCGUGCUGAUGGUCUGCGCCGAGUUGCUGAGGAACCGGUAGGAUGGGACCCGAACGACCCAGCGAAAGACGGCUGCGUGACAAGCGACCGGAACGCAGCUCCCUGCUCUUCCUGCUGGGCUGAGACGUCGCUCGCCUGCACACAAUCCCGGCGACCGAUCGAGCUCUGUCCAAGUCGCAGAGAUCUUUUCAACCAACCACCGAUCUCCGUCGACGGAUGACUCGUUCCGUUAUCGCGAUAUUCGUCCGAUAGAGGAGCCGGGCCGAGAAGAGAAGGGAGCAUCGAUAUGUA